CUCCUCAAUUCUUUCACAACGAUUCUUCCACUCCAACCCUAGCUCCCUUCGUGUUCAUCUCGCAUCCCUUCUUUUCUCGCAGAGAGUUACAGCGAUGUCGGAGACCGAGACGUUUGCUUUCCAGGCUGAGAUCAAUCAGCUUCUCAGUCUGAUAAUUAACACCUUCUACAGCAACAAGGAGAUCUUUCUUCGUGAGCUCAUCAGUAACUCCUCAGAUGCUCUGGAUAAGAUUCGAUUUGAGAGUUUGACUGACAAAAGCAAGCUCGAUGGCCAGCCAGAGUUUUUCAUCCACAUCAUUCCGGACAAGACCAAUAACUCACUGACCAUUGUUGACAGUGGUAUUGGUAUGACCAAGGCUGAUUUGGUGAACAAUCUUGGUACGAUUGCAAGAUCUGGAACCAAGGAAUUCAUGGAAGCCCUUGCUGCUGGUGCUGAUGUAAGCAUGAUUGGGCAAUUCGGUGUUGGUUUCUACUCAGCUUACUUGGUUGCUGAGAAGGUUAUCGUCACAACGAAGCACAAUGAUGAUGAACAGUAUGUCUGGGAGUCCCAAGCCGGAGGCUCUUUUACUGUCACUAGAGACACAUCUGGUGAGCCCCUAGGCAGGGGUACUAAGAUGACUCUCUAUUUGAAAGAGGACCAGCUUGAGUAUCUGGAAGAGCGAAGGUUGAAGGACUUGAUUAAAAAGCACUCUGAGUUUAUCAGCUAUCCAAUCUCUCUUUGGGUUGAGAAGACAACUGAGAAGGAAAUUUCUGAUGAUGAGGACGAGGAGGAGAAGAAGGACGAGGAAGGAGAUGUUGAGGAAGUAGACGAGGAGAAGGAGAAAGCUGAGAAGAAAAAGAAGAAGAUCAAGGAGGUUUCUCAUGAAUGGGACUUGGUGAACAAACAGAAACCUAUCUGGAUGAGGAAGCCUGAGGAAAUUACUAAGGAGGAGUACUCUGCUUUCUACAAGAGCCUUACAAACGACUGGGAGGAGCAUUUGGCUGUGAAGCACUUCUCUGUUGAGGGGCAGCUUGAAUUCAAGGCUGUCCUAUUUGUUCCUAAGAGGGCACCUUUUGACCUCUUUGACAACAAGAAGAAACCCAACAACAUCAAGCUCUAUGUCCGUCGUGUUUUCAUCAUGGACAACUGUGAGGACUUGAUCCCUGAGUAUCUGUCCUUUGUCAAGGGUAUUGUGGACUCAGAGGAUUUGCCUCUCAACAUCUCCCGUGAGAUGUUGCAGCAGAACAAAAUCCUCAAGGUUAUUCGCAAGAAUCUGGUGAAGAAGUGCAUUGAGCUCUUCUUUGAGAUUGCUGAGAACAAGGAGGACUACAACAAGUUCUACGAGGCCUUCUCAAAGAACCUGAAGCUUGGUAUCCACGAGGAUUCUCAAAACAAGGCAAAGAUCGCUGAGUUGCUGAGGUACCACUCAACCAAGAGUGGUGAUGAGAUGACCAGCCUGAAGGACUAUGUCACCAGGAUGAAGGAGGGACAGAGUGAUAUCUUCUACAUCACUGGUGAGAGCAAAAAGGCUGUUGAGAACUCCCCCUUCCUUGAAAGGCUGAAGAAGAAGGGAUAUGAAGUCUUGUACAUGGUGGAUGCCAUCGAUGAGUAUGCUGUUGGUCAGUUGAAGGAGUUUGAGGGUAAGAAGCUGGUUUCUGCUACCAAGGAAGGCCUGAAGCUUGACGAGAGCGAAGAUGAGAAGGCAAAGAAGGAAGAACUGGUGAAGAAGUUUGAGGGUCUGUGCAAGCUGAUCAAGGAUGUGCUUGGAGACAAGGUUGAGAAGGUUAUUGUCUCUGACCGCGUUGUCGACUCCCCCUGCUGUCUGGUCACUGGAGAAUACGGAUGGACUGCCAACAUGGAGAGGAUCAUGAAGGCCCAAGCUUUGAGGGACUCGAGCAUGGCUGGAUAUAUGUCUAGCAAGAAGACUAUGGAGAUAAACCCUGAGAACCCCAUCAUGGAGGAGCUGAGGAAGAGGGCUGAUGCUGACAAGAAUGACAAGUCUGUCAAGGACUUGGUUAUGCUUCUCUUUGAGACUGCCCUGCUCACCUCUGGCUUCAGCCUCGAUGAGCCCAACACAUUUGGCAACAGGAUCCACAGGAUGUUGAAGCUUGGAUUGAGCAUUGAUGAUGAUGCUACUGAAGCUGAUGUUGAUAUGCCAUCUUUGGAGGAAGCUGAUGCUGAAGCUGACGGCAGCAAGAUGGAGGAGGUCGACUAAACCUUGCAGCCUGGGCGGAGGUUGUCUUUACUUUUCUGGUUUAAUGGAUUUAAAGAUUUUGUGUUUUUUCCCAUAUCUACUUUAGAACUGCUUUUGUUUACCCGGUACCUUUUUUUUUGGAUGCGGCUAAUAGACUGAAUUGAUCUAUCGUCUAGUAAUUAGUGUUUUGAGCUUCUGGGUGA